UUUUGACAGAGGAGAAGGAGAAAGUGAAGAGUGGCAUGUUGCUUGCUUUGUCUUCUCAGCGAGAAAAGUCAUACUCUCUUCAAUUCUCUUUUCCUCUUCCUUUAUAAACAAUAAUUCUCAACUUGUUGUUACAGCCCCACCACCACCAACACCUCUUUUACCAAGCAAUGGGUUCUUCUUCACCAACUCAAACUCUCCUCCUCCUCCUCAUCGGUCUCACCGUCUUCAUCUCCGCUUCCGCAGAUCCGGACAACCUCCAAGAUCUCUGCGUCGCUGAUCUCUCCUCCGGAAUCAAGAUCAAUGGCUUUCCUUGUAAAGACGCAGCUGCAGUAACAUCAGCUGAUUUCUUCUCACAAGGAAUAGCUAAUCCAGGUCUCACAAACAACACAUUCGGGGCCUUGGUCACUGGAGCUAACGUUAUGACAAUCCCUGGACUCAACACACUUGGUGUCUCUCUCGCUCGUAUUGACUACGCACCUGGUGGUUUAAACCCACCUCACACCCACCCACGUGCCACUGAAGUCGUGUUUGUCCUCGAAGGAGAACUCGACGUUGGGUUCCUCACUACUGCCAAUAAGCUCAUCUCUCAAUCUAUCAAGAAAGGAGAUGUCUUUGCUUUCCCUAAAGGACUUGUUCAUUUCCAGAAGAACAAUGGUCGUGUUCCUGCCUCUGUUCUUUCAGCUUUCAAUAGUCAGCUUCCUGGAACUCAGUCUCUUGGUGCUACUUUGUUUGGUUCCACUCCCCCUGUUCCUGACAACAUCUUGGCUCAAGCCUUCCAGACAUCUUCUGGAACUGUCAAACACAUCAAAUCCAAGUUCCAACCCAAGAAAUGAUCUCUUUUGUAUUCAUUACAGUUUAUUUUUUCUUCCGGUUCUGUUUGAUAAAGGAAAGAUCUUUUUUUUUCUCCUUUGAUUUGUCUUAUGUAAUAAGAAACAAUAACUGAUGAUCUUUCACUGUGCAUUUUGAGCUCCAUUGUCUCAUGUAUCAUUGUUAUCUUCUGUAUAAUCCAAUUUUGUUUAGUUUU